CGCGCCGUGCCGGGAGCGCGGGGGGGUGGGGGGCGUCGGACUCCGGCACACGGGGCCCCUCAGCGGCCGCCAGCGCUACGGCUGAGCCAGGGUUCCUGACAGUUCAAGAUGCCACGCUACGGGACAAUCGUUGUCAUUAAAAGGAAUGGGACUGAUGGAAUUGUUUUUCCACUCACCUCAACUUCUUGUUUAUUUGGAAGGAAAUCAGAAUGUGACAUCCGCAUGCGGCUGCCCUGGGUGUCCAACGAGCACUGCAAAAUCGAGAUCAACGAGAACAAGCAGGCAGUCCUGACCAAUUUGAGCACAGUGAACCCCACACAGCUGAACGGGGCCAGCUUUGAGCAGCCUGUUCCCCUGAAGCACGGAGAUGUUUUAACCAUUAUUGAUCGUUCUUUCAGGUUUGAAUAUCCUGUGCAAGCAACUCCAAAGAAGAGGCGCUCCAGGUCUCCAAAAGAUGAAACUCUGCAGGUUCUUCAUGUUCAGCAGGUGGCAGAAGUGGAAUUAUUACAGAAACAAUCUUCAGGAGCUAAAAGUGUGGAUGCUUCAGAUAAUGCUGAGUGUGAAGAAAAAAAUGCCAAUGAAAAUAAACAGACUCCAAAGAAAAAUCUUCCUGGAGCUUUCCCUGUCAGUCUCCAAACAUUCAAAUCUUCACAGAGAAUACAUCAUGUUCUUAAAAAGCAAACUGAAAAGUCUCCCUUUAGUAAACUCUAUGAAAACCUGAAAAAGGAUCUGGAAGUAGAAAAACCUCUGCACAGGGGAGCUGCAAGAGGAGAGCCUGACAGGGAUCUGCCAGAGCCAAGUGUUCCCAUUUGUGAUAUUGAGCUGGACAGCCUGGCUGAAAGAAAGGAAAAGGGCAGAGUGGAAGAAUGUAUCAUUGUGAGGAGGGAUAAAAUCAUGGGUACAGUGUUUAACAAGCUGUCAGCUGGAGGAAAAACUCCCAGGAGUCCUCGAAGUCCCAUUUCAGGGGUGUCAGGAGAUUGCAGUCACAGUCCCUUGCAGGGUCCUAAGGAAUUUAGGACACCAGGCAGAUCCAAAGGUACUGCAGCUACACCCAAAACCAGCAAGAAGCAUAGGAGUUCCCUGGUUGUGGUGGAGCAGUGCUCCAUAGUAAGAUUUGAAUGUUCAGUUAGAAGGGCCACCCUCAGGGGUGCUGAAGGAGGUCAGGAUGUGCUGAGCACACCGACAUCCAGGAGGAGGAGUCCUCGCUCUCUCUCUGUGUCACCUGCCAGAGAAAGCUCUGGAAGGGAUCCAGGACAUGCUGAUACUGCAAGGAGCCCACGGCGUGGGUCACUGAAACUGAAGGCACUUGCAGCACCCCCAGCUGGAGCUCCAGAGUUGGAUCUGGUGUGCAGGUGUGAGGACACAGAGCUGCCUUUGCCAGAAGACAGAUGCUCAAAGCAAAGGCGAAGCAGCAAUCAGCAAACACCAGGAAUGCGCGUGCGGCAAGUGCUGGAAGAAAUCUGGGAUCACACAAAGAUGAAGAUAGGAUAUUUUCAAAGCCCUUCCUCUCCCUCUAAUUCCAAGAGUCCCAGAAGAAACAGCAGGGAGAGUGAAGAACUCUUGGACAGAAGUGCUCAUUCAGAGGCACUGGCUUCAGAGGGGGUGUUGGCAUCUCCUGGUCGGACACCUGGCAGGAAGAGGGGAAGGCUAAGGACCUCUGGAGUGCUGGCUGAAGCAGCUCUGGGGACAAGCACUGCUCAGGAACAUCACAAUUCAGGCAGGAGAGCCAGUGGAGCUCCAGCAGAGCUGGCCCUGGACAGGUGUUACCAGAACCAGGAUCUGGAAGAUGCCAUUGCUACACCACCUCGGAGGGCAUCAGGCAAGAGAAGAUCUGGAAGUGCUGCUGAGCUGAGAGACACUGAGCCUGGCUCAGAAACCAAAGCUUGUGGCCUCUUGCCUGGAGAAGACUCAGGCAAGACAAAAAGAAUCUGUCAGAAGAGGAAAAGUGCUGAAACGCUCCCUCAGACUCUGGGCAAAAGGAAGAGAGUGUCUUUUGGUGGCCACCUGAGUCCAGAACUCUUUGAUAAAAGUUUGCCUCCCAACUCUCCCCUGAAAAGAGGAGCUCUCCCUGCCAGGAUGAGUUUACCCUGUGGAGACUCUCCUCGAGCUGUGCUCAAAAAGGGCUUGAAGCACCUGAUGGAUCAGGAAGUAAAAAAGUCACCCAAAAAUUCCCCAACCCAGCAGUGCCCAGGAGCCUCCUCCCCUGUCUCAGGGAAGGCAACACCCAAAAUCCCCUCAGGCUCUCCAGCCCCUUUCAGGAGAGGCCGUUUCUCCAUCUCCCAGCCCCCCACACCAUUCCCAAUUGCAGAGGAGAAGGAUGCUGGCACAGAAGACCUGGAUCCAGAGGGGAGCAGUGGUGCCCAGGAGAAAACACCCAAAUCUCCUGCUCCCCAAGAUGCCACAGUGACAGUGACACCUGCCAGGUCAGCCAGAGGUGCCCAGCUGGGUUUGAAGGGCACUGCCAGGAGGAGCAGAGGAGGGGCUGUGGCUGCUCUCAGUGCCAAGAGGAGAAGUGGUGCCUCCAGUGCCAAUUUAUUAGCUGCAAAAUCUUGGGCAGAAGUGGUAAAACUGGGAGUUCCAAGACCACCAUCAAGGCCUGCUAAAAAAUGUGUCUGUAAAGGAAGAGCUCUGAAGAGGAUUAAUCACCCACCAAAGACUCCAGAGAAGAAAAUAAAAGAUCACUUCAGCACAGGUCAUGCAGCAUCACCUGCUACCAUAGUUGUAGGUAGAGCUUAUUCCACCUCAGUCAGGUCAGCUGGACACAUCCCCAGAGUGGUAAAGAAUCCCCAGCUGAAGGUGAACAUGGGUAUGGAUGAAAGCUUCACAGGAGUGCCUGAAAUGUUCCAAACUCCAGAAAAUCAGGGAGGAAGAACAUUUCCUUUGGCUGCUGCUCAGAAUGCUGAUUUUACACCACCAUGGGCUGCAGGGGACAUUUCUGACUUGCACACUCCUGAGGAAUCUGGAGAGAUGAUGGUGUCACCAUUAAAUAAUUCAGAUGCUUCAGAGCAGAAGCAAGAGAAUCCAGGCAUGUUCUGCUUUCUGGGAGAGGAGUCAUCUCCACCUAUGUUUGAUGAAAUAGCCACAAAAACUCCUAAAAAAAGACAAGCUGUGCACAAAGAUAAUGUGGAUACUUUGGCAAUAAUUCCAGGAAAAUCAGCAUCUCUGGUGAAAUCAGGAAAUAAAAGGAGGACCCCAAAGCAGAACAUGGAACCAGUUGAGGCCAUGUCAAGCAAAAGGAAGAUUUUAAGGACCCCUGAGCAAAGGUCAGAACCAGGAGAGGUUUUAUCAGGUAUCAAGAGGCUCAUGAAGACCCCAAGGCAGAAGUCUGAGCCUACAGAGGUUUUGUCAGGAAUCAGAGAGCUCUUAAAGACCCCAAAUCAGGAAUUGGAGCCUGUAGAGGUUUUGUCAGGUAUCAGAGAGCUCAUGAAGACCCCAAAGCAGAAAUUGGAGUCUGCAGAGGCUUUAUCAGGCAUCAAGCAGCUCAUGAAGACCCCAAAGCAGAAAUUGGAGCCUGCAGAGGUUUUGUCAGGAAUCAGAGAGUUCUUAAAGACCCCAAAUCAGAAAUUGGAGCCUGUAGAGGUUUUGUCAGGCAUCAAGCAGCUCAUGAAGACCCCAAAGCAGAAAUUGGAGCCUGCAGAGGUUUUGUCAGGCAUCAAGCAGCUCAUGAAGACCCCAAAGCAGAAACUGGAGCCUGCAGAGGUUUUGUCAGGCAUCAAGCAGCUCAUGAAGACCCCAGAUCAGAAAUUGGAGCCUGCAGAGGUUUUGUCAGGCAUUAAGCAGCUCAUGAAGACCCCAAAGCAGAAAUUGGAGCCUGCAGAGGUUUUGUCAGGCAUCAAGCAGCUCAUGAAGACCCCAAAGCAGAAAUUGGAGCCUGCAGAGGUUUUGUCAGGCAUCAAGCAGCUCAUGAAGACCCCAAAGCAGAAAUUGGAGCCUGCAGAGGUUUUGUCAGGCAUCAAGCAGCUCAUGAGGACACCACGGCAGAAGCCAGAACCUGUGGAGGACCUGUCUGGCAUCAAACAGCUCCUGAAGACCCCACAGCAAGAGCUGGAAGCAGUCAUAGAUGAAAUAGCCUUGAAAAGGUUGCUGGAGACUCCAGAAGAGAGCAGGAGAGCAGUAAAAGCUGUGCCAGGUGUGGCUUCAAGGAAGAAAAGCCCAAAGCUGAAAUCCCAGCCUGUGGAAGACAUGGUUGGCAUCAGCCGAAUUUUCCAGACACCAAAGGAGAAGGUUGAGCCCAUAGAAAACAUGUUUGGAAUCAGCAGAUUAAUGAAGUCUCCUAAAGAGAAAUCUCAACCAGUGGAGGAUUUUGUGGGACUGCAAAGGCUCAUGGCAGAACCCAGGCAGAAAUCUUCUCAUUCUGAAGUGGACUAUGCUGGAAUUUCUGAAAUGUUUGGUACCCCAGAGGAAAUGAAGGUGAGAUCAGUAAAUGUUAUGGAUUCUCCAGAAGAAAUUGCACCUCCUGGUUCUAAUUCCAGUCAUAAACGUGAAAAGAGAGGAAAAGUUUCCCAAGGUGAAGAUUCUCAGCAGAAGGACUCAGGUGGUGAGGAGCAGCCUACCCAGAGACCCAGGAGGGGCAGAGGUGCCAGGGCUGGACCUCCUGCUGCAGCAAAGCCAAGUGAAAGUGGUGUGAGGUUAAAGGAAUUGCAGAGUCCUGGUGCCCAAGAGGAGAUGGGAGUGAUCACACCUGAAAACAAGGGAAGAGGAAGGAGGACAAAGCCUUGCAUAGAAAAAGUUGUUCCAAAGCACCCUGAUCUGGAAGGGCUUAACAUUGUUUCAUCUGUGGAACCACCUGGAGCUGCUCAGAGACCAGGAAGAGGUAAAAGGAAAGAGCUGAAGGAGGCAAAACAUCCAAAUGAAAAUCUGGAGUCUUGUGUUGAAGAUUCUUCAGUGCUACAAAAAGCACCUGCAAAUACCAAAGAGAGUUUGCAGGACUGUGGCAUCAGUGAAACUGAAGAUGAUCCAGGCACAAAGGCAGGACCUGGAAACAUUCAGAAUGAAAUGUGUCAGCUGCAAACAGAUUUAAAUAAUCCUGAUAGCAAAGCUAAUGACAGUGGGAUAGAGGACAGUGAAGAAGUGCUCCUGUCACCCAGGAGGAGGCCCAGAGGAGCAGAGAACACAGAGCCAGUGAUUCCAGCAAAAAGAGGGAGACGAGCAAGGAACGAGCAAGGUAAGGCAGCUUCUCCUGGAGACCAUGGAGCAGCCAGGAAGCUUCGUAAAGAGCCAUCCCCAAAGGUUGCACAAAGGCAGGAGCAGCCUUGUGACAAAGCUCCUGAGGCUGUCACAGCACAAGAAUCUGAAAGUGGCACUAAGCUUGAACUACAGGCAGCAGAGAGAAGAGGUAAGUCUCUUAGAAGUACUAGAAACAGAAAGCACUCAGCUGAAAUAAAAGCAGACACUCCUGAGGUCGCACUUGAAAAUACACAAAACAUUCAGAAAACUGAGGAAACAUCAACUGAAACUGAUGCUGAAACACAAUCCCACGUGAAAAAUGAGAUGAAAGAAUCUCAGGGAUGUGAAACAGAAAAUGCUCAGGAAAAUACAACAGAGGCAGCUCAAAGAUUAAAGGCAGAGUCACCUUCUGCAGAGACAAACAAAAUGCCAGUCUGUGCUCAGAACAUGGAAGCAAACAGGGCUAGAAACAGGAGAGGCAAAAAGGACUCUUUGGAGCAAAAAGCUGAUGAAGUUACUGAAAAUGUGAACAGCCUAAGACCAAUUACUCCUAAAUUUAAGUCAGAAACAGCAGUGGAUGAAGCUUCUCUGCAGGAUUCCCUGGGCUCUGCUUGUGUCAGUGCAGCCCAGGCCAGGAAGGAGCAGCCCAGCCCUGCUGCAGACAGUGCCAGUCCUGCUCAGGGCAGCCAGAGGAGGAUGAGAAAUGAACAGGGAAUACUUAGAGCAAAGCAAACUGACAUCCUGCAGGGGAAUCCAGCACAAAGAAAUGCACUGAUGUGUACAAGAGGAAGAGGUAAAAAAGUUAAUUUUCAGCUUGAGGAAAGCAGUUCCAAAGCAAUUGAAGGAAAAAGUUUACCUGAGGGUAUUGAAGGGACUGAUAAAGAUCAUCAACAUGAGAAUUCUGAAAAUCCUCCUUCACAGGGAAGGAGGGGCAGGAGAAAGCGACUUGAUUCCAUCCCACAAAAAGCUAGUCCUGCCUUGAUGGAAAACCAAACAUUAAGAGCAGAUCAGAGGAAAGAUGAGGCUGUUGUACCAGAGCAAGGACCAGCUUUGGGAGCUGCUCCCUGUGCAGCAGAGGACACUGCACCGAGACGGGGGAGGAGACGUGGGGCGGCUGCAGCCUCACAGGCCAGAUCUCCUCCUGUCAGAACGAGGCGUGGGGCACUGGGAGCUGGUGCUAAAAAGGUGAAAGAGGAGAGAGAAAAUGAAAAUCCAGCUCUGGGUAGUCAAACUUCACAAAAAGUGAAUGCAUCAGCAAGGGACAGAAGGAAAAAGAUGGAUCCGGCAGCAGAGACAAGUCCAACUCUCCAGAACAAAUGUGACUUGCCAGAGACUAAAGAUGAGGGUGCUGCUGAAGAACAGGGUGUGCCUUUGGAAGCAGUGUCCUGUGCAGAGGAGAAGCCAGCAGGGAGGGGCAGAAGGAAAGCAGCUGCUCUGGCAUCACACACAGCCAGCUCCAGCUCUCUUCGAGGGAAGUGCAGGCUGCCCGCAGGUGAUGCAGGAGAAGCUCCCAAGGAAGAGCAGAGUGUUCCCUCAGAAACUUGUGAUCCAUCUGGAAAAGAAAAUCAACUGAGAAGAGGCAGGAGGAAGGAAAUUGCUCCCUUGAUAGAAGCAAAAAGUUCUAUUCAGGAAAACCAGGUCCCAGCAAAACAAAGUGGUAGAAAGAAUAGCAGGGAAGCUAAACAGAGUUUGGACAAUUCUUCCCAAGAAAACACAGAUCCUGUAAAAGGGAGCUCUAGGCAAGCAGCCACUUCACUGGCUCUUAGUCCCACCUCACCUCAAGGUUUGCCAGAAGAUGGUAAAGAUGGAGUUCCUGAAGAACAAAGUAAACUUUUGGAAGUGGCUCCACCUGCAGAAAAUCCAUCAAGAGUGGGCAGGAAGAAAACAACUUCUUCCACUUUGGAGGAAACAAUUUCCAUUCCUCUCAGAGGAAAACCCAACCUGCCCAGAGGCAGAGGGCAGAAGAGUAUUCUUACAGGAAGUGAAGAUGCAUCUCAGGAAAAGAAUCCAUGCCAGGGAAGAGCAAGGCAGUUGAGAAAUAAGAGGAGGAAAGUGGAAUUCCCAUUAGAGGCAGCUACUUCUACUUCCCCCCAUAAAAGCAACGACUUGCCAGAAAAUGGCAACACUCUGGAAAAUCAGGAUUUGAGUGGGGCAUCCACUGCUUCUGAGGAAAGUAAACCUGGAAAAGGACAGGAGGGUGGCCCUGCUCCACAGGCAGCCCCCACCUCUCGCAGGAGGAAAGGCCAGCUGCCAGCAGAGGACGUGGCACCCAAAAAAUUCAAAUCAGGGAAUGAUGAAAAUGGAUCUCUCCAAAGAGGAAGAAGAAACAAAACUAAACUUGGAGAAGAGGAUGCAAGGGCAACUGGGACUGGAGGGAUGGAGAGGAGGACAAGAUCCAGCACAAGAACAAGGAAAUAGUCUUGAGAGUCCCAGAACCAGUCUGAAAUCAAUUCAGUAAUUCCAAUCAUAGGGGUUUUUUUAAUGUUAAUUAAUUUCCACUCAGAUUUUAAGCUCAGAUUUUUUAUAGUUUUAUGGUUGCUUUACAAAAUCUCUUUGUUAAUGUGGUUACAGAUAGAAGGUAGAUGUUUCUUUAGCAGCUUUGCCAGUGGUGGUUCCUAAACCAUGAGCUGCUUGUGCAAAGCUGCAAAGGUUAAAUACAUUUUGUAACAACCAGUGAUUCUCCUCUUUUCCUGUUGAUCAGUGCAGCAAUCAGGAAGCCAUAUUGCUGCCAGCUGAAGCUAUUUUCUGGUGAAAUUUUCCUUAAGUUUUAUUUUUUAUUGGAGUUCUGUAAAUACUCUUUUUUUUUUAAAUACAGUUGUAUUAGCAGAAGUAUUAUUCUAAAUUUUUGAUUUUUUUUUUUUUUUUUUUUUAAAGUUAAGUCUGUAUUGAAAAGUUCAGGUUUUGAAGUUAUUAAAAUUGCA